CUUUUUAGUUUAGAGAUCUCUCACACUUUUUCUUUUCUUUUCCAGACGUCUUUACUCUCUUUUGUUCCUGAGAUUCCUAGUUUUUUUGUUUCACACACUUAAAUUAUUCACUAAUUAAACCCAUCAUUCUCUAUUUAUAGUUUCUCGCGUUCUGAUAGUCAAAACCAUUAACAAAGAGAUUACUAAGAAGAGAGACAACCAUGGCAGCUUCAGCAUCUGAAUGUCCUCAGUUCAUUUCGAGUAACGGUGGCACCAGAAGCUUCUCCACCGCUCCACUUAUCGAUAACUCUGACCCUAAUCAGAUUAUUGUCCCUGAGAAGAAGAGCUGGAAGAAUUUCUUUGCUUACUUAGGCCCUGGCUUUCUUGUUUCAAUCGCAUAUAUCGACCCUGGAAACUUUGAGACUGAUCUGCAAUCCGGAGCACAAUACAAGUAUGAGUUACUUUGGAUCAUAUUGGUGGCUUCUUGUGCUGCUUUGGUGAUUCAAUCUCUGGCUGCAAAUCUUGGUGUUGUCACAGGAAAACAUUUAGCUGAGCAUUGUAGAGCUGAAUACUCCAAAGUUCCAAACUUUUUGUUAUGGGUUGUUGCUGAAAUUGCAGUAGUCGCUUGUGACAUCCCUGAAGUAAUCGGAACAGCUUUUGCUCUGAAUAUGCUCUUCCACAUACCGGUUUGGAUUGGUGUUCUCCUGACUGGCUUAAGUACACUGAUGCUUCUAGCACUUCAGCAAUAUGGGGUGAGAAAGCUAGAGUUCUUGAUUGCAUUUCUAGUGUUCACGAUUGCUAUAUGCUUCUUUGUUGAGCUCCACUAUUCGAAGCCAGACCCAAGAGAAGUCCUGCAUGGUCUCUUUGUUCCACAACUCAAAGGAAAUGGAGCAACUGGUCUUGCAAUCUCUUUGCUUGGGGCAAUGGUUAUGCCGCACAACCUCUUCCUCCACUCUGCUUUGGUUCUCUCAAGAAAGAUCCCACGUUCAGCUACUGGCAUCAAGGAGGCUUGUAGGUUCUAUUUGAUAGAAAGCGGAUUGGCUCUAACGGUGGCCUUUCUUAUAAAUGUCUCUGUGAUAUCAGUAAGUGGUGCUGUUUGUAACGCUUCGGACUUAAGCCCUGAGGACCGAGCUAAAUGCGAGGAUUUGGACUUAAACAAAGCCUCGUUUCUGCUACGGAAUGUUGUAGGUAAAUGGAGCUCAAAGCUAUUCGCCAUAGCACUUCUUGCUUCCGGGCAGAGCUCAACAAUAACAGGAACUUACGCUGGACAAUACGUAAUGCAAGGGUUUCUUGACCUAAGACUCGAGCCAUGGCUCAGAAACUUCCUAACAAGAUGCUUGGCUAUCAUACCUAGUCUAGUCGUUGCUCUCAUUGGUGGUUCAGCUGGAGCCGGAAAGUUAAUCAUCAUUGCCUCGAUGAUCUUAUCCUUUGAGCUACCGUUUGCGUUAGUUCCUCUUCUCAAAUUCACUAGCUGCAAAAUCAAGAUGGGUUCAUACGUAAACCCAAUGGCGGUUUCAGCUUUGACUUGGGUAAUUGGUGGUUUAAUCAUGGGAAUAAACAUAUAUUAUCUAGUAAGCAGUUUCAUUAAACUUCUUAUCCAUAGUCACAUGAAGCUUGGCCUUGUCAUCUUUUGUGGAAUUCUUGGGUUCUCAGGCAUUGCUAUCUACUUAGCGUCCAUAGCUUAUCUUGUCUUCCGGAGAAACAGAAAAGCCACUUCUCUUCUUGCAUCAACAAACUCACAAACUGAGGAGACACUUCCAAGACAAGAUAUUGUCGAUAUGCAGUUGCAUGGCAAAGUGUCUACGUCCGAUGUUGAUUGAGUUGUAUAUCAAUCAUCAUAAAACAUUGGUUUCCAUUAAAACUGGUUAUGAACCAACUCCACAAAGACCUUUUGCUUGUACUCAUGAAGUGGCUUGUCAAUGUUGUCAUUUUCUUUUUUUUCUUCUUAAUCAUGUUCUCUUACGUUUAUGUAAGAAAUAACGUUAUUGUAACAUCGGAUAAUAAGAUCACUGAUUCCACUAAA